GCAGAGAGCACAUGGUGCGGACGGAGGCUGUCUGCUCUCAUCAUGGCUCGCGUCUUUAAGAAGCAGGACCGUCUCGUCCUUUAAAUGUCUGGGACGUGUUCAUGGCUUGUAAGAAGAAGAAGCAGAAGGGUAUGGUGUUUCAUCAGGAAGGAGCAACCAGCUCUGCAGCGCCACCUGCAGCCAAGCAUCCACCUGCACACUGUGUUCUCCCUAAACCAGAGAAGGCAUGUGAAGGUGGGAGGGAACGGAGCAGUCAUGUAAAAGUGACCAACAGAGAGGCAAACAUGACGGGUAAAGGCAUCAGGACGCCCGGUGCUCUUCCUGCGGUCAAACCUCUGUCCAGUCCAAGUCCUCUGCAGGACAACCUGUCUCCUGUCAGCAUGUGCAGAGGUGUCCGAGUCACACUGGACAACAACAACAUGUGGAACGAGUUCUUCAGAUGCAGAACGGAGAUGAUUCUGACCAAACAGGGCAGCAGGAUGUUCCCCUAUUGCCGCUUCCGUGUCUCCGGCCUGCAGCCGUCCAGGAAGUACUGUCUCCUUAUGGACGUUCAGCUGUUAGACAAUAGCUGUUACAGGUGGACUGGCAGGAACUGGCAGACGGCCGGGAAAGCAGAGAGUCACAUGAAGAGUCGACUGUUUUCUCACCCUGAGUCCCCAUCGACAGGUCAACACUGGAUGCAGAGUCCGGUGUCCUUUUACAGACUGAAGCUCACGAACAGUGUCUCGGACCAGGAAGGGAACAUCGCACUACACCCGAUGCACCGCUACCUGCCGCGACUGCACAUCAUCCAGACUGACAAAGCUGCUAAAGACGUUAAGCUAACUGGUGCUAGCGUUGUCACCUUCACUUUCCCUCAGACUGAGUUCUUGGCGGUCGCUGCUUACCAGAACUCCAGGUUUGCUCAGCUCAUAGUUGACCACAACCCGUUUGCUAAAGGACUGAAGGAGGACUCGUCCGGUUCAUCAGGCCUGAAGCUAAAACUGAACUCUGGAAAAGAGACUCCCAAAGAGGAGGCGAAGGCAACCAGUGAUCAUCCUGUGAAGAAGAGCUUAAAGUCUUUGCUUGCAAACCACAAACCCAAAGGUUCAAAAGUAGUGGUUCCAAAGUCUUCAGGUUCUGGAGAGACUGCGAACAAAGAUCCAUCUUGUGUCAAGGUUCCUGCUGAGAGUUUGUGCAGCAGUUCACGUCCUGCUCAGAAGUUAUUUUCUGAGCUUAUCAGGGAAGCUCAUGUUUCACUGCAGCGAUGUAACCUGGAUCAGCUGAACAUCAACAACGGAACUUCUCUAAAAACUGGGCUAACAAACGGACCAGGUGUUCCAGAGAAACAUGAGACACACAGUAAGACAUCGUCAGCACAGCGUAAAGCUAAGUCUAAUAGGAACUGUUUGAAUGUAAAAACCUCCAAAGACGGUACUAGGAAAGAUUAUAGUGAGGUGACUCAUGUAGUCACUGAUCCCCCAGUGUCCCAGACCUAUGUGGACUCCGACCACCGACCUAAACCAGAAGCGCCAUCAGAAGAGAAUGUAAAGCAGCAGCAGAAACGACCAGCGCCACUACCUUUGCCCGCCCUUGCUCUGUUUCUGAAGCAGCAUUCGACAAAGUCUAAAAGGGCCAAGAAUAAGAUGGAUGCUCCUCCCCCUGCACUCCCACCUGAGUCUGAAUCACACAGUUCUGAUUCAAACGCUCCAUCAAACAAUCUAGUAGAUGAUGAAAAAUGUUGCAACAAACCUUCUUCUGGACACGCAGUCACAGAUGUAGAUACAUCUGAACCAGUGGUGGAAGCAGCUCCUCCAUCACAUCCAGAGUCUGCUGCCUCCACAGAAACAACGGCACCAAGUCUUGAUGAUCCCUUUGUCUCUGUUUCAAUUCCUGAAUGUUUAGACUCUAAUCAGGCCGGACCUGAUCACACUACAGUGUUAUGUACUCUUGGGACAUGUAUGUCCACCAUGUCCUCACCUCUUGCUACCUCUGCUGCUGCAUGUCCAGUUUUAUCUCCACCCCUUGAUACAGUGUUAAAUGCCCUUAACUCGCCACAAACGCCUCCCAUCAUGGAAUCUUCCACAGUACCCUCGGACUCUCCAACCAUGAAAUCUCAUCUGUUACUUCCUGACCCAGAGUGUUCUUCUUUUGGCUUUGAGCCUUUGUCACCUGCAAGUUCUCCAGAACCUUUACCCGCCCUUCCUGCCUCGUUGGCUUUUGAACUGGACUCGACUUCUUCUGAGCUUAAUCAGAAACCAGAACCUCCUAAUGGGUCACCGCAGAGGGAUGGCUCUACUACGUCUGUGUUUAAAUGGCACACGGUGUUACCUCUGCCCGGGCCACCGUACAUAGACGCCUCAUUCACAACAUUUCAACCAAUGUCACAGACGCUUCCCUUAGCAUCUGUCAUGUCGCCCUUGUUGCCUUCCCCAAGUCCAUCCACCCAUGAACCCCAAACGUCCAUGACUCCUGAUCCUGAUUCUGCUCCGUCAUUUCAAGACAACCAGCAGUCACUGCCAUUUCCUGCAGAACUGUCCCCCCUGGUCCUCCAGCUGUCUCUGUCUCCAACCUUCUCCUCAUUAGAUGGAGACCCGCUGUCACCCACGCCUUCACUCACUGAACUUGUGCACUUUUUCUCCACCAAUGACGACCUCGGUAUGGAGGUCGCGUUUUCAAAUUCGGAGGCUGUGGUGAUUCCACCUCCUGCGACACCAGAGGCAGAUGUACCCGAACCAGUCCCAGCCAGGAAACCCGACAAAUGCAGGAACAAGUCCAAGAGGCGGAAACCUACUGUCGACAUGGAUGAAAAGGUCGAUGACUCUGCCUACGUUAGCAUGCAGCCCAACCUGGAGGAAGUGGAGGAGCAGCUGUUCAUCUCUUUUACAUCAAAGGAGGCACUCAAACUUCACGUUCCUGACUCUGUGGAGGAACCGCGCACUCAGGCGACACCUGAUGUUCCUCUGCUGCCACCUGCUGACACACCUGACCACGAGACUCUGCAGAAGAGAAGCAGCGGUGAGAAGCUUCUGCUCAGAGACCUGCAGCUGAUGAAGCACAGACAGGUCAUUCACCCUGUGCUGCAGGAAGUGGGUUUGAAGAUGAACCUGCUGGAUCCGACUCUGGCAAUCGACCUGCAGUACCUGGGCGUCCGUCUGCCUCUGCCCCCUCCUGGACACUAUGUGGCGCUGCAGCACCGGGAGCCGCCUCCACCUCAGGGUGUUUCUGCAGCGUUUGUGUCCAGAACAGGAAAAACCACAGAUGUGACCCAGAUUAAAGGCUGGAGAGAAAAGUUCACUCCCUCAGAGGCUCCGCCCACUCACUCCUCAGCCAAACCUGAAGCUGGUCCCAGCUCAGAUCAGCCUAAGAAGAACCUGUCUGCGUUCUGCAGCGACAUGCUGGACGAGUAUCUGGAGAACGAGGGGAAGUUGAUCGACGAGCGAGCCGCCAGCUUCUCUCAGCCGCAGGCGGAGCCCGCGGUCCCUGUGGUCUACGAGCUUCCUGCUCAGAGCAGCAGCUACGUCCGAACCCUGGACAACGUCCUGAAGAAGCAUGGCGUGAGCUCGCCCACCUCGGACCUCAUAUCUGGAUUCAUCCCCCCUUCUAAAAGACCCAAACUGUCCCUCAAAGAGAGGAAGACCCAGCAGAAACGGAGAGGUCCUAAACAGACCAGACUCCGACCAGAACCUACUUCUGCUCCAGGGUCAUCACUCGAACCAAGUCCUGCUGAGCUGAACCAGCUCCCUAAACUGCCUGCGGGACCACUACCCCCAUCAGACCACCUGACACCUGUCACUGAACCAAACAGGUCCCAGAAAAGUCGGCUGAAAGUCCAGUCCAACCACACAGAACCAUCAAGUGAGUCUCCUGAGAGCAACACUUUAAAGAAGAAGAGAAAGAGGAGGAGGAGACUCAAACCCAACACCUCGUCCCAGACCCUCAGCCCCCUCAGGGCCGCGGUCUCCCAGGACUUGGCUCCUCUGGAGUCCGACUCUGAGCUGGGCCGCGAUGAAGGCAAGGCCGGCCCACCUUUAAUGACCCGGGCUCUGCUCAGACAGAAGGACCUGGAGGAUGGAGUGGUGUGGGAGGGGCAACACAGGACCACCAUCACCAAGGAGCGGGCCGCCAUCGCCCUGACCUCACUCUUCACACUGAUGGGUUUUGUCGACGAGAAUCCCACCGCCCCCAUCCAGCUGGUCCGCCGCCGAGCCCCACCCUGCCUGAACGACUUCUGCCGGCUGGGUUGCAUCUGCUCCAGCCUCGCCUACUCCUCCAGGGUCGGCCACUGUGGGCGGAGCCUCUGCAUGUUCGGCUGCAGCUGCCUCAAACAGAAGGUGGUGCUGUUGAAGAACCUGGAGGCCUCGGACUCUAGCCCCUCCCACCCGAGCCACGGCAAGAAGAGGAAGAGGAAGAGGAGGAUGAAGAUGGCUUAUGUUCUGAAGGAGGCGGACAGCGUUUCCCAGCCUGCCGAGCGUGUCCGUGUCCUGUGGAAGAAUGACGGUGCAGACUCAGAUCCAGACCCGGUCUACGUCCCGGGACCAAUGAGUCCGACCCGUCUCACUAUUCAGCAGAACAGAGAAGAUAAGAGCAGCUGUGCUCGGGUCAGAGGUUACAGGGGGAAGAGGCGGAGUCAGAAAACACAGGACAAAAAUAAAAGUGGAAAAUCUAAAUCGGUGAAAUCUGUGAAACAGCAGCCUCAGACGCUGAAGGAAGCUCCUCCCCCUGCUCCUCCUCCUGCAGCGGCUGAGACGACAGAGUCCAACCCAAAGCCGUCCAAGCGUCUGAUCCUGUUGUCGGAGUGUAAGUGGGCGAGCGACGCUGACCGGAACCACGUGCUGAAGAGACUGUGUGAGAUGAUGGCUCAGGACCGACUGGACCUGCCCUUCUGGGUCAGGGAGUACCUCAUCAGUCCCAUCAGUCAGAACGUGGAGGACAACGACGGCAGCCGCUGCGUCCAGUACAAAGUCCACAUCGGCAGACCCAGACCGGAUCAGGAGGACCCAAAAGAACCUCCACAACAAGACCAGAAGACUGAACCCCCACCAGAACAGGACCUCCUCACACAGGUGAGUGGGGAGGCGGAGCCUCUGCAAGGCGUGCAGAAGGAGGAGCCUCCAGAGGACUGGCAGCGGGAGGUGGAGGAAGGUGAAAUUGAGGAAGAGGAGGGUUCACCAUGUGAGCAGGUGGAUGGUGAGAGUGACAUGAAGGAAAGAGAGAGGAGCACACGAGCAGAGAAGAAGAAGAAGAAGAGUCUGGCUCUGCCUUUUCUGACGGGAAUCUCUCCUGCCGGGUUCCUGGCGGCCAGAAAGAAAUCAGCAGGAGAGACGGACCCUGUGGUGGAGGUGAACGGGAAACUCUAUCCUCUGGCAAAGAUCCAGCUGGGGAAGAUGGGAGCGCUGCAUCCAGCCAACCGUCUGGCAGCCUACCUGACCGGCCGGGUCGGCUCCAACAGGAAGCAGACUCAGGGUCCAGGCCCCACCCCCACGACCCCAAUGACCCCCAUGACCCCCACGGUCUGUGUGACUUCCUCUAACCUCCCCAACACUGUGACCGUACCACGACCCCAGCCCAUAGUCACACGACCCCUCCUUCACACUUCCUCCACAGUCUCUCAGGUGAGCAGCUCUGUGGUUCCACCUGUGACUCUGGUCCCAGGUCUGAAGUUUGUCCCUGGUCCUCGUAUGAAGGUCUCUGUGCUCGGUGCAGCGUCGCCCUCCUCUGGUCAGAGGAUGUUACUGCAGCCACUUUACCGCCUCUCUAAUGGAAAACUGGUCCAACUGGUUCCAAUUAACAAGCCGAGAGCAGUGAGCCCCGCCCACUUUGUGUCGAGAGGUUCACAAAGUGCUACUAUAGCCACGCCCCCUCCCCCCCCCUCACUGUCUGGCCUCCAGUCCUUCUCAGUGUCUAAUUGCUCCUCCCCCCUCAGCCCUGGCUCUGGCUUCCUGUCUCAGAAGGGCACACGCACCUUUAAAAUCAUUCCUGCCUCCUCCAACAAGGAACCCAUCAUCAUCACCUGUCAGAAACCUCCCUCCCUCCCCCUCAAGGUGGCGCUGUCUCCUGCCACCGUCACCCGUCUCAAAACUCAGAGCCCCGCCCCCUCAGCUGACCUCAUCUCUCCAAUACCCUCUGCAGGUGAGGAGGCGGAGCCUGGUUCAUCUCUGAGCUCCACCCCUUUAGAGACAAACCACACAGCUCCACCCCCUCCUGUUGCUCCAGGGUCAGAGGUCCCACUUGCAGCCCCACCCCCUCCUGCUGCUCCAGGGUCAAAGGUCACACUUGCAGCCCCACCCCUCUUGCUGCUCCAGGGGUCAGGGUCACACUUGCAGCCCCACCCUCCUGUUGCUCCAGGGUCAGAGGUCACACUUGCAGCCCCACCCCCCUCCUGCUGCUCCAGGGUCAAGGGUCACACUUGCAGCCCCACCCCUCCUGUUGCUCCAGGGUCAAGGGUCACACUUGCAGCCCCACCCCCUCCUGCUGCUCCAGGGUCACAGGUCGCCCUCAGCUCUAUGGACCUGGACAUCAUCUGCGUGGAUGACGACCCGGAGCCGGUUGCCAUGGAUACGUGGUGGGCAAAGACUGUGGGCGUGUCGGGCUCGUCCAGCGGAGACACGGACAACUCUUCAGACUUUGAAGACGAUUCAGACAGUGGAGACAACAAAGAGACGACGAAGAACUACCGACACAAUCUGUUGGAGCGACAGCGUCGCGGGAAGAUGGUGGAGCUGUUCACGCGUCUGAGGAAGGAGGUGGGACUGAGAGACGACAAGACGCCGAAGGUCGCCACGCUCAAGAAGGCCGUGCAGAUGAUCCAGGAGUUGCGGUCGACUGAAACAAAUCUGAUGAUGAAGAAGAUGAGGCUGAAGGACAAGAGGGACAAGUUCCUGUCCACACUAGUCCCAGCAGGUGUAAGCGUCCAUCUGUCGUCCAAACAGAAGACCAAGAAGAGACGCCCGGCGGCCAAUCUGCCACCAGCAGGGGGCGGGGCCUCUGAUUCUGACGAUGACCUCAUAAUUAUGUCAUCCAACCUGCCACCAAAGACUCCACAAACUCCUCCCACCAAUGUGUCUGCUCCUCCCACUACCACACCUGUCCCCACACCGGUCCCUGUCCAGCAGGCGUCCUCUGUGGCUCCGUCCCCUGUGUACCGCUGUCCACCUGUCGUCAGAGAUCGACCGAGGACGGUCCCCAACAUCCUGUCCCGCAGGAAACGCCCACACACUGUGGAGGUUGAAGCUCCGCCCAUUAAGGCCCUGGUCCCACCGGACUUCCUGUCCCUGGUUGGUGCAGCGUUUCCUGGACAACAGGUCGUGAGUGUGAGUCCAGUCAUGUCGGAACCUUCAGUUCUGCAGACGGCGCCACCACCAGGUGUGGCUUCAGUCACCCUCAACCUCCCCAGUCUGACCAAUCAACAGAUCCACGUCACCUCACUGCUCCCGCCCCCAACUGGUAAGAGCUACAGCAGCUCCGCCCACCUCACCUUCACUCAUCUGACAGCGUCGCAGCUUCUUCACAUGGUUCAGAAUUCACAGCAAGACUCAGCAGAUUGCCCCCUGCUGGCGUCUGCUGGUCCAGACCAAGACCAGAACCAGGUCAGAGACCCGGACCAGACUGCCACCAGAGCUGAGUCCCCCUCCUCGUUGUCUGUGGAUCCAGGUCCUGGUCCUGGUCCUGAUGGUGGUCUCUCAGAUCCAGACCCUGAGAGCUUGACGUCUCUCCUCAAUGAGAUCGUUUUCCUGAACCAACAGACAGUCGCCGUGGCAACAACAGCUCAAGACUGUUCAGAGGGAGGAGUCCGGAAGCUGGACCACACCCACAGUCCGGAGCUGGACUGUGAUGGCACAGUUACCGCAGAGACAAAGGAGGCGGAGCUUCAGGGACACACGGACAUGACACAGAGCAGACCAUCCACUAAAGGUGGUGUCCUGGCUCCGCCCCCUCUGCUGCAAAUGAAGGUGGGCGGGGCCAAUGUGAUAGAGCCAGUCAGCAGUGACAAAGCAGCAGUGGGAGGAGAAGGGGGGCGGGGAAAGGGGGAUUCGACCUGGAGGCCAAUGCCACGGCUCGUUCCCCUGGGACUGAGAGGAGCCCCGCCCACCUGAGUGAUGUCACAGUAGGCCACACUGUCACUGAUCAGAGAGUGGGUGGAACCCGGAGGUGUCACACCUGAACUUAUCUGAAGAUGUCACUAAGGGUCAGAGUGACCCCUCCUCCACAUGACCUCUGACCCCAGAGUAACUCAAGUGACUUUUCAAGUCAAAUCAAGUAAAAGCUCA